CCUCUCUUGUCUCCUCUUGCCUCCUCCGCAGUGCACUUGCAGCUGUGCAGCACUCCGGACAGGACGGUCUCCUACACCUCCUCCUCUUCUUCUUUUAUCUGUGUGUGCUGGAGAGGUAGUGUGUGGCGGUCCUGCUGCUGCUGCUGAGGGGUGCACCUACACUCGCAUCUGACUCCAGUCCAGAGGUCCCGGACAGACGCGUGAUGGUGCGGACUCAUUGAUAAAAUCCGUGCCGCUGGAAUUAAAAUGAGCACUCCUGCUGAGCUGCUCUCCUCCUCCACAUAGCGCUGCCUUUUCUGCACAAGAUCUGUUUUAUGAGACUCCAGCAGGCGACGCAGGAUGACUACUACCUUAUCGCUUGUGAUUUUGUGCGCUUCGGUGGCGUUAGUGUCGACGUCUAAGACGGAGCGGGCGGUGCUGCUCCCCUGUGAGACAAACCAGUACACCAGCUCUGGAGAAUGCUGCCAAGAGUGUCCACCUGGAGAAGGAGUGGUGAAGAAAUGUGGUGCUACGCAGACAGUGUGCGCCCAGUGUUUGGACAGUGAGACCUUCUCAGAAAACUACAGUCUCACAGAGCAGUGCAGGCCCUGCACUGAGUGUACUGGCCUGAUGCGGAUGGAGACUCCCUGCACCGACUCCAAUGAUGCCAUCUGCAUCUGCAACUACAACUAUUUCUUCGACACAUUAUCAAGCCAAUGCAAGCCAUGUACGGUGUGUCCGGCAGGCCAGGGUGUGUUUGCACACUGCGAACAUGAUCAUGACACUGUGUGCGAGGAGUGUGUGGACGAUACCUUCUCUGACCGGGAAAGCUCCCUCGACCCCUGCCUGCCCUGCACCAUCUGUGAUGAGGAAACUGAGCAGCAGCUGGCUCUGUGCACACCAACCAGUGACUCUGUCUGUCAUAAUCCUCUCCUCCCAACAUAUUUUGCUUCAACCUCCGAAAUGGGUCUGUCUCCACCUUCCUUCACCAAUUACUUCCUCCCUGAUGGCUCAGAAAGCCCGCCGCCAGUAGGAGAGACAACCACGUCCAGCGCCGGCUCUCCUCGCUUCCUCGGCCACGGGCUCAACGAAAACCUCAUCCCCAUUUACUGCUCUAUCCUGGCAGCUGUGGUGGUGGGCCUCGUGGCCUACAUUGUUUUUAAGAGGUGGAAUAGCUGCAAGCAGAACAAGCAGGCAGCUAAUAACCGUGCGGCUACAAACAACCAGAUGGUGACGCCGGAGGGAGAGAAGCUGCACAGCGACAGCGGCAUCUCGGUGGACAGUCAGAGUCUGCAGGAGCAGCAGCAGCAGCAGCAGCAGCAGCAGCAGCAGGCCCAGGCUGAAGUCCAGACUCAGCCCUCACACUCUCACACACAGGAACAGAUAGUGGUGAGGGUGGAUGGUGGCCCCCAGCCUGACACGCCUCCCCCUGAAGUUUGAGGAAAAGGAGGAAGAAGAGGAGGCGUCAGAGCUUAAGACAGGGAUAGGAGAGUGGGGACUUGAACCAUGGACCAAAAAGAAAGCAGGGGGGGCCCACACGGGAAUGUAAAACUGAAUCUGAUUCAUAUGUGAAGUGGCCACAGGCCUCCCAGCACCUUUGGGCCACAGUUUGACUCUUCAUCCCUGCAUAUAGAGUCCAACUCUAUCUAUCAGUGUGCCUGGUCACGACCUCUACGGCAAUAUCAACCAAUGUCUGUACCAAUGUCACUGCAGAUACAUAACCAUAGAUAUAUGCCAGUGCAUCUCAUAUUAACUGAAUAUUCCAGUAUCUAUUAUUGACAUAAUUCUCACUAACUGCCAACUUAGUCUCCUCUGCCCCUUUCGAAGCUUUCCAUUUUCCAUCUAAUUCCACAAUCACUAGCCAUGAAAUGUAUGUGCCUGAAAGAUAUAUAGGCAGUUUCUCCAUUAUCUCCUCUUUCUUUUCUUUGUGCAUCAAAGAGACCUUUUUCCUGAGUGACCAACCUUUUCCCUCUCACAUCUUCCUCUGUGGCAUCCCACUCUCAUAUAAUCCUCUGUCUCUCUCCAUAGGAUUCACUCUAUUAGACCCCCGCCGUCAACUGCGAUACAAAAAACAGCGGGGGAGGCGUGAGUCACUAUCAACUUCCUCUGAACUUUCUUGUUCUUUUAUCAUUUAACCACAGACACAUUUCGUGGCAUGUUGUCUUGUAAAAUGUUUGCCUCAUUCUUUGAGAUUGGCUGCACCGACUGAUGCAAGUGACUCAUAUUCUGGAAGGUCAAUUGCUGUGCAGCCUGCUCGGUAAUCGACUAUUUUUCCUCAGCGAGAUGCUUCUUCCUGCACCCCGCGGUCUCUACCCCUCUCACCCCUUCAUAGAGCCUCUAGGGAUUGUGUUUCAGUAAUUUCAUGCUUAUAAUAUAACACACCCAAAUGUUUGUCUCCUGUUUGUGGUGCAUUACUUUCAUUUUGUGGCUUAAGUUACAUGGCUGAUUCAGCAGGGUGCCUCCACAGUCCUCGAUGGAGCCUGGAUGUGCAGCAUGAGACAAACAUCUCUGGACUGUGGAGCUCUGCUGACUUACUGCGAUGAGUUGACAUGUCUGAGGGGAACUAAAGCUGUCUAAUGAGCAAAAAAGGAGCUGUGACGUCAGCGGUGACCCAGUAUACAGAGCUGCUCUUAAACAGAUGCUUACAUGCAUUCUGUGCUGAAACAAAUUGCAAAACGGAAUCCCAUCUGUCAUUCUUUAAACUUACUGAGCGUAAAAUUGGGACACCCCUCAGAGACUUUGGCUAUCCUCAGCUCACUGACACCACCAUCCUCUACAUACUCACUUUUACAGUCUUGCAUACAGCUCUGUCUGCUUGAUAGAGCCUGAUAAACAGUGUUGAGGGGCUAAUGCAUUGGCGGCGGCGCUCACAUCAACACGGGGGCCCAUUAGAGAGAUGUCCUGACAGACAGGUAGUAAUUACCUCAGGGUUUUUAGCUUCAUUUACCCUCUGCUCCGUUCAGCUCAGCCACUUCUCAUCGGGAUUAAUGCUGCGGACAACAGAGGGGCGACACGACUCUCUUUGAAGCCUCAACAUGACAUUACAGAUCCCUUAUCCAAGUCUGAGGCCAGUGACAUUUACUGUAUCACCAUGGUGAUAUAAAAGCACUUAGAGGCAAGGCUGGGGAGGCACCUUUUAUUACACAGGACCACUUUUAUGUUGCCCCUCUUCUGCUUGCUGUAACUGUAAAAGCAGUUGCCAUAGAUAUGUUGUAAAAGAAGUAUGGAGCUGAGCUUGACUGUACUGGUUCAGCAUUCAUUCCUACAGGGGCACCUACUUUCUCAGGGUCCCUCUCAUUGAGAGAUCUGAGGAAUUCUGUAAACAAUAUGCAGAUGUAUGAUAGAGUAGGGUGGUAGAAAGAUACAGAUAUAAAGCAGCUGUUAAUGUUGAAAUAUGUAGAAUUAUUAGCUAAUUCCAACAUGAUUCAGACACUGAUGAAUUUAAAGAAACAGUGGCUUAUUCACUUUCUUGCCGAGACUUAGAUGAGAAGAUCAAUGGCUCUCUUGUGUAUGUACAGUAAAGAUAAAGCCACCGUCAGCGCUUAGUUUAGCAUAAAGACUGAAAAUGGGGAAAUAGCUAGCCUGGCUCCAUCCAAAGGUAACAAAAUCAGCCUAUCAGCACCUUUAUUUAUCUAAUUAAUUAACACAUUACACUUUAUUUGUUUAAUACAGUAUAAACUAUAAACUGUAGAACUAUAAGCCCUAGACAAGUAGUAUCAGUCCUCUCAUGUAAGUCUUGCAAGGAAAAUGAAUAAGUGUACGACUUAAUCCUUUAAAAGAACCUAAAAAAUGUCAGGAAGACAGAGAAAGUAAGUCAUUAUGUCCUGUGUGAUGCUGCAUGGAUCCGUCACAUGGUCACCAACAUCUCAAGACAAUUAAACUUUCUGGUCUCUUCACUUGUGAUUCAUUCUGUAGCACUGCAGCACUAUGAAUGGAAACAAAUAAAAUGCUGCUGUAUUUUUGCUCACAGCUCCUCAGUUGAUGUGGGCAUGCGGGGGGCAUAUGACGACACACACACACACACACACACACACACACAGAGCGACAGUGUAUGAUUCACUUCUUUAUUGGAAGAGCCAGCAUGAUUCAUCCUGAUCCUAGCUGUGGCUGUGACAUUAAAGCAGACACUGCUACAGUAUGAGUGACCACAGUGUUGAUUUAAAGAAAGAAAAAAAACCCUUCCUCCUCAGCUCCCCCCGAGGCCCAUUCAUCCUUCUAGCAGCUCACUCAUCUACCCUGAACCGACUUAUUCUCCUUCUCCAGCAGCUUGUGAAGUGAGACACACAAUGUAAGAAUGUACAACCCCAAUAUAAACAGAAAUAUGCAAGACACAUUCAAGGAUAAGGUUUUAAGUUCCCCCUCAUUCUGUUGUUGUAAAUUGUUUUUGCCUUUCCAUUUCCUGUUGGUUUAUACUAUGAAUAGUAUUACACUUUUGGAAUCAAUAUUUUUUCUAACUGAUAUGUUAUUUUAUAGCACUUAUUAGAUGUAAUAUGAAUGCACUCAAAGAGUGUACCACAUUUCAAGUGCCUGUGUACAGAGUCAGGUGUCUUUAAGUUCAGACGUUUGACUAUAUUUUUUUGCCGUUUUCCCACGUAUUUUAUGAUUUACGUGCAUUUCUUUGAUAUUUUGAGAACUAAUGAAGGUUUUUAGUAAACAGAAGUCAGCGCUAUAGAUCAACCUUGGAGACUCAAGCAAACUGUAAAAACCUGGCACCAAUAUAAAGAGACUUACAGUACAAAUAGGCUGCCAAUGACCAUGUUAACAUGCUAUAAAUACUGGGAACUUAUAGGGUCAUGUAGCAUUACAAAAACAUAUACAUGUCACCUAAGACUUCUACUCUAAAACUCACGUUAUGCUAUUAGUCAAUAGAAAUCAGUUCUACUGUGCACAGUUUUGCAUGUACAGUAAGUUUCAUCAUGUACCUCCAUUUCAGAGGCGACAAUACAUGUAAUAUGAUACUCUGUGAUAUUAUUACAAACUUGAUACAGACAGAUCAGGACCUGCUCCUAAAAAAGCUGAAUGUCACCUGUACUUACCUACUAAUGUAAAAUGCAUUGUGUAAAUGUGAAUUUCUUAGAGUUGAUACAAGAUACAAAAAUACACCAUAAAAUCAAAAAAAAAAGUGUGCAAAUGAAAUGAGCAUCUAUGAUACAAUAAAAAGAGGUGUCAUUGCAU